CAGAGGAGACCUCAGAGAAGCCCGUCUCUGUUGUCAGUCCAGGGCAACCGUGGGGGCAGGAUGAGCGCAACAGGCAUGUGCUGACCGCCUAACAUCCGGGUCCUCAAGAGACCGGGGUCCUGGUAUAAGGGGCGGGGCUUCAGUUGCGGAGAGGCGAGAAUCCAGGUCCUGCGCAGAGGAAAGGAGCUCCAGGAACCAGGAGGCGAAGCCAGAGGUCUGAAGCCUGUGUUCUGAGCUCAGAGAGCAGAGGAGGUCCAGGCAGUAUCAGGAAUCAAGGCAUUGUGCUCGUGGUCAAGAUGAGUGCGCUCAGCAAACCCGAGGAAGACCUUCAAGACCCAGGCGAGGCCCAGGGCCCUGUAGAGGCGCAGCCCUUGGGGGCUGAGGUGGGGGAGGCUGCAUCCGACUUGGCCUCUUACCCAGCAUCCUCCUCCACUCCUGUGGAGGCCUUGCCCCAAGAAAUUCUGAAUGAGAUGAAGGCUAACCUUUUGAAGUUCCUGCUCCUCAAGUAUCGAACCAAGAAGCUGACCUCCCCAGCAGAAAUGCUGAAUAAGGUCUUCAGGGAUAACCAGGAGUACUUCCCGGUGGUCUUCAGUCAAGCCUUAGAGUGCCUGCAGAUGAUCUUUGGUGUGGAGGUGAAGAAGGUGGAUCCCACAGAGCACAUCUACGUCUUGGUCCCCAUCCUGGGCCUCACCUGUGAUGACAGGCUGAGCGAUGGGCAGGGCCUGCCCAAGGCCGGCUUCCUGGCGCUGGUCCUCAGCCUGAUCAUGAGGAAUGGAGCCGCCCCUGCGGAGGUGAUCUGGGGAUUACUCAGCAGGAUGGGGGUGUAUGUUGGGAGGGAGCACUUCAUCUUUGGGGAGCCCAGGAAGCUGCUCACCCAAGAUUGGGUGCAGGAAAACUACCUGGAGUACCGGCAGGUGCCUGACAGUGACCCUGCUCGCUAUGAGUUCCUGUGGGGUCCCCGGGCCUAUGAGGAGACCAGCAAACAGCAAGUCAUGGCAUUUGCGCUCAGGAUCACACAAAGGGCUUUGAGGGCCUUCCCACUCCUGUCUGCAGAGGCUGCAAGGGAGAGGAAUAGGGGGCCUGGGCCAGAGCAGCAGCCAGCUUGA